GUAGCCCACUUUUCCCCCCUCAUAAACCGGCCACAAGAGAGCCGCGUGUGUCUUAAAACCACCAGGACUAGAAAUUACUCAGGGUAAUGUUAGUUUUCAGCUGCUUAUAGUCAACCCAAACGUUUCUACCGAGUCCUCUACGUAGUGAGGAAGACGAGGAGCGCCGCAAACACUGCACCCGAUUACAGAUAAAUAAGACGCGAUGCCUCAGAAACAUAAGUCCCGCUCCUGGACGGAGUUGAAACAAGCUGGAAAUGAAUGUUUCAAGACGGGCCAGUACGGAGAGGCCACUAAUCUUUACACUCAGGCCAUCAAAGAGCUGGAGAAGUCCAAUAAAAAGAACCCAGAGGAUUUGGGCAUUUUGUACACGAAUCGUGCAGCCGGCUACCUGAAGGACGGCAACUGUUCAGAAUGUGUGAAAGACUGCAAUAAGUCUCUGGAGUUGUUCCCGUUCAACAUUAAGUCUCUCCUCCGUCGCGCCGCCGCUUACGAGGCUCUGGAGCGCUACAGGCACGCGUACGUCGACUACAAGACCGCUCUGCAGAUCGACUUCAACAUCGCAGCGGCUCACGACGGCACCAACAGGAUGACGAAGGCGCUGACAGAAGAAGAUGGUCCGUCAUGGAGAGAAAAGCUUCCUCCCAUCCCCACCGUUCCUCUGUCGGUCAGAGAGAAACUGGCCCAACAGUCUGCAGGAAGCCCCCCACAACCGAACCAAGCAAAACCUGCACCGCAGCAGAACGGCACCACAGAAACAAAAAAACCUGCUCCCAGCGAGAAGGACAUCAAGAGAGGCCAGGCGCUCAAAGACGAGGGGAACGCCCUGGUGAAGAAAGGAGAGCAUAAAAAAGCCAUAGAGAAGUACACACAGAGCCUCAAACACAACCCCACCGAGGUCACAACCUUCACCAACCGGGCGCUGUGCUACUUGGCAGUGAAGCAGUACCGAGACGCCGUCAGAGACUGUGACGAGGCUCUGGUGAUUGACAGCAGCAACGUGAAAGCUCUCUACAGGAGGGCUCAGGCUCACAAGGAGCUCAAGGACACAAAAACCUGCGUGGACGACCUGAACCGUCUCCUCAAAGCGGAACCAAAGAACUCGGCGGCCAUGAAGCUGCUGCAGGAGGCUCAGCAGCAGCAGCAGCAGCAGCAGAAGAAGAAGAAGUGAUGACAUCAUUACGGACUCUGGAGACGGCGGUAAGGAUCUGUCACUACGCUGCCGACAGACGAGGAGAGAGGAACACGAAUCUGAUGUUUGUUUUUUUUUUUUUUGGAUGUUGUUAUUUUAAAAAGAGACAAAUGACAGAAAACAGCCAAGCGUGUGGAACGAUCCGACCGCUCCGAGUCCGAGUGUUGGAUGUGUCGACUCUCACUGGAACAAACGUGAGCUCGGGUCUGGAGACGUAGCUUCGGUUGGUGAGAGUCCAAAUUGAAAUCAAGAAAGAAGAAGAAGAAGAAGAUGAAGAAGAAGAAGAGACGCCACCAUUUUCAACCCUGAGAUUAUUCGCUUUUUUUUUUUUUUUUUUACCAAUUUUACUGUUUUCACCGUCAGUUUUAAGUCGCUGAGUUUCUGAGAGCUGAAAAAGUAAUCGACAAAAUAAAAGAUCAGUAAUAGAUUCAGAGAGUAAAACCUUCAGAGCCGAGCGUUCAUGUUGAGCUCAA